AUGGCGGAGUGUCUGAGCGUCUACUCCUGCUUCGGCCAAGUGCACUCCCUCACUCCACAUAAAGACAACACCAUCAUCUUAAAGCGCUUGAGAAGUACGGAAAAACCAGAAUCAGAGUACACAGACAAACUCCAACAGCAUUACACCAGUGGUCACAUGUCACCUGGAAUGAAAAUCUACAUCGACCCCUUCACAUAUGAAGACCCUAAUGAAGCAGUCAGGGAGUUUGCCAAGGAGAUUGACAUGUCCUGUGUCAAGAUUGAACAAGUUAUUGGUGCAGGUGAGUUUGGGGAGGUGUGCAGUGGGAACCUCCGACAGCCUGGGAAGAGAGAGAUCCUGGUAGCCAUCAAGGCGCUGAAGGCAGGCUACACUGAGCGCCAGAGGCGGGACUUUCUGAGCGAGGCCUCCAUCAUGGGCCAGUUCGACCACCCCAACAUCAUCCAUCUGGAGGGGGUGGUUACCAAAAGCACCCCUGUGAUGAUCGUCACUGAGUUCAUGGAGAACGGAUCCCUCGACUCCUUCCUCAGGCAAAACGAUGGGCAGUUCACGGUGAUCCAGCUGGUGGGAAUGCUGCGUGGCAUAGCAGCAGGGAUUAAGUACCUGUGUGACAUGAACUACGUCCAUCGAGACCUGGCAGCGAGGAACAUCCUAGUCAACAGCAACCUGGUGUGCAAAGUGUCCGACUUCGGGCUGUCACGAUUCCUCGAGGACGAUACUUCAGACCCCACCUAUACCAGUGCUCUGAGGUCGACUUGGUGUGAGUUUGCAGACUCCAACUUGACGCACGGUUUCAAUCUUUUGCAGCACUUUGAUAGUAAUGCCGCGUGCUGUGUGCUAAAGCGGGGGCCUGCUGUAGCUUUAAAGCUGGUCAACUGUCAGGACUGGAGCGUGAAAGGGGGGCCCCAGAGUGAAAAGGGUGGAGGGACCCACUAG